CAUGAACAUAAUCAAGGCCCAGGCAAGAGUUUACUCCACUGCCCUGGAUCUUGGUGAUGCCCUUCAUCAUGGCGGAUGAAGGGCAUCACCAAUAUCCAGGGCAGUGGAGUGAAGGCCAGGAAGCUGAAGUCAGGGGAUGCGGGGUAAAUGCUCAGUAAUCUCCUCUGGAUUGUGAGGUUAAAGUAGUUAUGUGCACCUGGAUUCAAGGGAAUUGAGAUAAAUUAGGCAACUAUUCUACAGACCAAGGGGCAGAAGGUAACGCAAACUUUUACCAGGAUUGAGGCAGAUAAGUUUUUCGGUCAAUUUUAGGUAACAAAUAGAACUGCUCCUGGGAUCAAGGGAAGGGAAGUGGGGAAAAGCAAAGAAUUGAGAAUAGUUUUGAGAACAGGCCAUAUUAUGGUGGCGGUAGUGCUGGAUGUCCUAAAGUAUAUGAAGGUAGAUAAAUCUCCGACUGAUCAGAUAUGUCCGAUGACAAUGUGGGAACCUAGAGGGGAAAUUACCAGAGCCUAUGAAACAUCAUCAGUCACAGAUAGAACUUGAGUGCAGAGUAAGAAUUGGAGAUGCCGAUGCCUACCAGCCUAAUACCAUCACGAUUUCUGACACUUGUGGCUCAUUUUCUCAUAGUAGUUAAUAUCUUCUGGUCCAGGAAAGACAAUGUAGAGGCUUGUCUUCCGCCAACCUACACCCAUGACCAAUAUCAAAACCGUGACAAAGAACUAAUUGUGGCAUUGUCGGUGACAUUUGGCAUGUUUCUGAUCGAGCUGGUGGGUUUCCUGACCGGAGUCUCCAUGUUCAAUAGCACCCAGAACCUCAUUUCUAUUGGAGCCCACGCUAGUGCCUCAAUUGCUCUUCUCUUCUUCUUUAUUGACAAAUUGCCCUGUCAUGAUUACUGGUGGAUAUUCACUUUUUGCAGCGCUCUCCCGGCAUGUACUGAGAUCGUCCUUGUGAUUGCUGUAUUUGGGCUGAAGAAGAAGCCUUUGUGAGCAUUCCGCACAUCGUACUCACCAAACGACUAUCCCAUUGGAAUGGAAGUAGAAGAUCACUCAGAAUGUUGUGUGCUUCUGGCAAUGAGAGUGGCAGUGUUUACCAAACUUCGGUGUUAGACUGCAUAAGAAUCCUUGGAUUUCUUCUUCUCCAUUAUAGAACACAUCGUCUCCAAGCCAAAACAAAUCUUGUCCUCUAUUAUAGAAUGUGUACAUCAAACUCUUUUAUAAAAUGUGCAUUACUCUG